AUGUGUGCUGUGCGUAGACCAUUACCACUAAACCUCGGUGAAACUCGACGCGUUCCCGGUAUCAUACUGCCCGUUGAAAUAGGACCUAGCACACAGCUGAGCAAUCGGACAGAUGUCAUAAUCAAUGGUCAUAAGGUCACAGUAGAAGCAAAAGACCUAGAAGAAAAGGAGGAAUUAGGUCGAGGAGAAUAUGCUCGAGUUUACCGAAUGUACCAUGCUCCAAGCAAAUCCCAAUUUGCUGUUAAAAGACUCCCUUUUGAAGUGGAAACAUCAGAUCGGUCCCGUAUUCUCAACGAUUGGAAUGUGAGCAUGAGAACCUCAACUUGCCCUUACGCCGUGCUCUCCUACGGAGCCCUCUCAGUAGGUUGCGAGUUUUGGGUGGUUAUGGAGCUUAUGGACGACUCUCUCGAUAAAUUUCUUCAGAAGGUCUACCAGCAAGGUAAGACAAUCCCAGAAAACCUCCUGGCCUACAUUGCCUUUUGUGUGGUCACGGCUCUGGAGUACCUACGGAAUGAUCUCGUGACUAUGCAUCGCGACGUCAAACCCUCCAAUAUCCUCAUUGACCGUGCUGGGCAUGUCAAGGUCUGCGACUACGGAGUCUCGGGAGAACUGAAGAACUCCAUGGCGCAAAGCAACACCGGUACCUGCCGUUAUAUGGCUCCAGAACGUAUUGAUCCCAGUCGGAGCUCUGGCGGUGGUUUUCGUAUCCAAGCAGACGUCUGGAGUUUGGGUUUAACCCUCCUUGAGCUGGCCACCGGCCAACAUCCAUAUGAAAACUUUGUAAACCAAUUCGAACUGCUCAAGCAUGUUGUCCAUGAAGCGCCUCCAACAAUCCCAGCCUCACUGCCCUACUCAGACGCUUUUCGGAACGUAGUCUCCCAAUGCCUCGUGAAGGAGGAGUCCCAGCGCGCCAAUUACCUCCGUCUCCUCGACUCGCCCUUCCUGCGUUCUGUCAAUGUGGAACGCGACGCCGCUCUAAUGGCUACGUUUGUUAACGAGAUACUUGACCGUCACAGCCACGAUAACCAACAGAAAUAG